AUGGAUGAUACUCUAUGUGGAAAAUUUGAUUUAUUGAGGAUAUAUUUACCCGAUGAAUUAAGCAAAGACGGAACACUUGAACUUAAAGAACAUACAGACUUCAAAAAUUAUUGUCCUGUUACAGAUUCAGGAGAAAAUGAAUGCGAUAAUAAUUUUGGUAAAAUUACGGCUGGAUUUUUAUGGUUACUUGAACAAUGUUAUUCUGCAUUAAAAAAUAAAACUCAUGAUGAAAAUAGUGUUAAUACAUUUUUUAUAUAUAUUAUAUCAUGGUUUAGUUACAAAUUAAAUAAAAACAAAGGGCAUAAUGCUACCACAAUAAACGAUUUUUUUACUGAAUAUGUAAAAAAUAGUGGUAAAUAUAAAAAAUUUAUAAGUGAUGCCUAUACAAUUGGCGAUCUUGGAGAAUUCAUAGAUAAACGAAAUGAUUUUAUGAAUAUUAAUAUUGAAGAUCUGUCUAAAUUUUAUGAUGCAUCCAAAUUAUUAUGUAGUAUGUAUAUUAAUGCUGAAAAGCAUACAAAAGAUAGCACAUUGCCAAAUGAGGCGAAAGAUUUUGUUAUAAAAUAUAAAGACCUCAACGAAGGCUAUAAUAUUGAAGAUACAGCACGAAGCAAAAUAUUGCCUUUUUUAUUAACUGAUUAUAAUAAUUUAAUAAAUAAAUGUAAAAGUUUUACAUCCCUUCCAGAGAUAACAACAGAAUUUUCUGCACAAAUGUCUGGAGUUACAUCAAGUUCGCCGAUAGGAAAUAAAUUAUUCACAGUUUUAUCAAUAUUUGGUGCAAUAGCAUUUUUUUUAGGAAUUUCUUAUAAGUAUUCGUUAUUUGGAUUUCGGAAACGAGUUCAAAAACAAUAUUUAAGAGAAAAAAUAAAAAAUAUAAAGAAGAAAAUGAAUCAUUAA